GUGAGGUUAAGGCCAAUGAAAGUGUCAACAGCAGAAAAAGAACGCAUACAACGCCAUCAACAUUGAUGCGGUCGCAGUUCCAAUCAGAGCUUUGGUUGGCGCAAAUAACGGAUAUCAAUACGAUACUGAUUCGCUGGUUCAUCGGAGCUGAGAGAAGAACGCUCUUAAUGUGAUAACAUCAAACAAGUUCGAAGAUUUCUUUCAGAACAAAAACAUCGACUGUUUAAGAAAAUUAAACAAAAACCAACCAUUCCAAAAGUGGAAAAAAACCAUCAAAAUGGCGUCAAAGAAUCACAAAGCUACCGAUUUCAAUGAUUUGUGCGAAACUUCUCUAUUGAAUGUAAUGGAGUACUUAUCUGUCGAAGAACUUUGUGUCGUAAAAGGUGUUUGUCGUCGCUUGCGGAAAAUGGCAAGUCGAACAUUUGAACGACGGUAUGCUGGUGCCGUUCACUUUGACGAUUUGAUGUUCAAUAUGCCGGAGAUAGUACGCAUCAUCAAAUGCUUUGGGCCAAUCAUCAACAGUGUUACAGUCAACGGAUCGAUUGCAUGGGAACUGAACACAUCGAUUUUAACGAUGCUCACCCAAAAAUGCAGCAAACUGAAGAAACUCAAAUUGAUUUGCUACCACUUUGACAAGCCCGAAAUGGCCAUCAUGAAGACAUUGGUUCAACACCUGGAGACGAUUGAAUUGCUGUACUGUACGAUAGCCACAAAACAUGGCGUCAACUACAACGUAUUCCUCAAGGUGGCUGACGAAUUAAGGGAGUUGGUGUUCAUCGGACGCGAUCAAGAGGUUGACUUGAAGUUUUUGAACAAAAAAUUUUCAUCCAUGCAGAAAUUGACCAUUAUCUCAGCCCGGCUCACCGAUGAAGAAGUGCUUGGUCAUUUCUUGCGAAAAAAUCGAUCGAUCAAACACUUCAACUACAUGCCGAAUGUACCGCUGUCAUAUGGACGAUCAUGGACCAGUUCAUUUGAUAAUAUUGUACCGCGUCUGACCGACAUUUCCAUCGAUCUCAACAAAAACAUCGACUAUGUGUACCUGUUCAGUUCGUUUACGCAGCUGAGACGUGUCGUCAUCAGUUGCCAGGGUUACAGCGAACCGAUUCACGAUGUCGUCAGUCAAUUGGCCAAAAUGAACACACUGAAAGUGCUCGGUUUGUGGAAAUUUGGUUUUCGCGAGCUAUUAACCCUGCCGAAAGUGAACAACAUUGAAACGCUUGAACUUCGAAAGAUCAAAUCUUUGUUUGACUUGAAAGCGCUGUCACAUGAGCUGAACAAACAAUGGGGCCAUGUCAAAAAUCUCUAUCUCGAUCAUACAGCCGUUCGCGAUGCUAAUGAUAUCGAAGUGCUGGUCAACAGUGUGAUGCAAGUGAAGAACUUAUUCCUGUGCGACUUGCGGGGAUUUUUCAUCAUGCCAACCGCAACCAAAUACUACUUAUGGUGCUCGAAUCGAAUGAUGCCGUUGAAUAUUUUCGUUGAUUCUCACUACUUGAUGCAACACACAGUCAGCGAUCCGAACCAAACUAUUGUGUUCCAACCGUUCAAAGAUCGAAUCUGUCAAAUGGUCAACGUCAUUUGUGCCGACCAUUUGUAAAAUUUUGAAUGGCCUAUUAUAUUUGUAUCUGAACAAAAAAGUACUAUGCAUAUUGUCAUGAUUUGAAUAAUGUGAUCAACAGUUGUGAUUGAACAAAGAUUGGUAGCGUUUAGAUUAGCGUUAUGACCAAAAAAAACGAAAAUUGUUAAUGAAAAAACUACAUCUGACCUUAUCAUCGAUAUCCUUAUUUCAAAUGUUUUUUUUAUUCAAUAUAUAUAACUCAUGUUUGAUACAAUAGAAGUAAAUAAUAAUAAACGAUAAGUUAUUCAAUUUUGGAAAAGGA